GGAACUUGGAGGAAAGCAUGGGUGAGCAUGGAAGCCACGACAUGAAUUCAGUGACCUAUGAGGAUGUUCACAUUGACUUCUCUGAGGAUGAGUGGAUUUUGCUGAAUCCUUCCCAGAAGAGUCUCUACAUAGAUGUGAUGCUGGAGACAUACAGGAACCUCACAACUCUUGGGUACUGUUGGGAAGACCAUAGUUUUGAAGAGUAUUGUCAAAAUGCUAGAAAACAUGGAAGGGACGAGAGAAACCAUAAUGGACAAAAGCCCUCUGACUAUACUCAAUGUGAUAAAGCCUUUUCAUGUUACAGUCACCUUCAAAGGCUUGAAAAAUUUCAUUCUGCAGAAAAGCCAUAUGAUGGUAUUCAAUAUGAUGAAGCCUUUGCAGCUACCAGUUUUCUCCAAUUACUUCAGAGUAGACAUGCUAAGGAAAAUCUCCAUGAAAGACCACUUGAAGUUCUCAAAAACCUGACCUUCAUCCUGGCAAUGAAUUGGUCCUAA